AGCAAAAGAGAAACCUGGUGUUUUUAUCCAUGCUGUAUCAACGUUUAAAGGGCAGUAUUGUUGUGAAAUUAAUUCCAGUGCUCAAAUGUCAAAGGAAUCUGAAGUACAAAAACGUGCGGACGAAGGAAUGGCAAAACUGGUGUGCAGGUCAGGGUGGCAGCUUCUGCACAAGAGAGGGGAUUUGUUCACCUGUCCGGUCACCGAUGCCCUGGCGCACUGCAUCAGUGAAGACUGCCGCAUGGGAGCAGGGAUCGCUGUGCUCUUCAAGAAGAAGUUUGGGGGAGUAGAUGAGCUUCUGGCGCAGAAGAAGCAACCUGGGCAGUGUGCUGUGCUUAGAAUAUCGGACCGUUUUGUUUACUACCUGGUCACGAAGAAAAAAUACAACCAAAAACCCACCUAUGACAUUCUCAGAAACAGCCUCGUGUCUAUGAGGGAACACUGCUUGGCCAAUGGGGUUAACAGUAUCUCCAUGCCUCGGAUUGGCUGUGGCCUGGAUAGACUGAAAUGGGAAAAUGUGUCUUCCAUUAUCACAGAAGUCUUUCAGGACACAAAAAUCUCCAUCACUGUGUACACAAUCUAGACCACAGCAGGUCUGAACCUCACAUUAUUUCUUAGACGUUCUUGAAGAAUGUUUGGAGGAUGGUAAUUUAUUCCAAUGGAAUUUCACAAAGUACUGUAUGGGGUGUGGUGUUCUGGGAAACACAAGUAUUUAAGACAGUUAUACACACUAAGAAUACAUAGGGGUUCAGUUCCAUUGUUCUUUCAUCCUCCUAAAUUCUGUGGAUGUUCUUUUCACCACUAGAGGGUCACUGGAUUGUUUGAUCAAUUAUGCUUUUUAGUUUGUAUCUUUCCAAUAAUUAUCACCAAAAAUUAUGCUACGCACUAUAAAUGUCCCAUAAACAAUGAUUCCACCAUUA